AUGUCGAAGGCACGGUCCGUUGCUGAUCAGGUGGUCAAGAUCAUCGUCGGCGCCGGCCAAGCAAGCCCGAGUCCACCCGUCGGUCCGGCGCUGGGUAGCAAGGGUAUCAAGUCAAUGGACUUCUGCAAGGAGUUCAAUGCUAGAACGCAGCACUUGAUCGCCGGCACCCCAAUGCCUGUCCGGGUUACGGUUAGGGGAGACAGGACAUUCCAUUUCGAGGUUCGGACACCGCAGACAUCAUGGCUUCUGCUCAACGCGGCCGAGGCGCCGACGGGCAAGAAGGGCAAGAGGAAAGGGGCGAGCAACCCAGGGAAGGAAAUCGUGGGGACCCUCAGCCUCAAGCACAUCUACGAAAUCGCAAAGAUCAAGCAGUCCGAGCUCCGACUCUCCGGUCUGUCCCUUGAAGGUAUCUGCCGGUCUAUCAUUUACCAGUCGAAAUCCAUUGGAAUUGCGGUCAUCCCAUGA